UGAACUGUAAAUAAGGUAAGGGUGACUUUUCGGGGGAGGACUAAAACCUAACUUUUACCGUUUUAUCGAUAGUGCAGAACUCCAUGAUGUGAUAAGUAAUAGAUAAAAACACAAGAAAAAUGACCCUACCGUCAGAUCUGGUUGAACUAGCCCAUCAUCUCAAACAGGAGAAUUUGUUUGUUCAUGCUCAACGAACAAAUAUACAUAAAACAUUUGAAGAUGUCAGAAAAUACUCGGAUGAUUUAUUUCACCAGUCGUGGAUUGCAAGACAACAGCGAUCGUGUAUGUACAAGCUGUUGUUUGCAUCUAACAUAUCAGCAAAGGAAGUCUGUAGCAAUAACAACCAACUAGAAUGGACCAAUUUUGUAGAUGGGUAUAAAUAUUUAGGAUACCAAGACUCCAAAUAUGGAGAAUUUUUGAAAAUUUUAAGAGAUAGUCCAGUUUAUGCAGCACAUUGUAUAGAUAACGGGGAAAAAUCUACUGUUGAAAAUACUCAAGAUGUUCUAAAAACUAUUGUGUCAGCUGUUUAUGGCAAUGUUAUUCUUCAUGAGGAUGAACACUUAGCAAUGCAGAUGAUGAAAACAUUAGCUGAAUUACAGUUGGCUAAUGCUGAGGACCCUCGACGUUUGAUACGAAAGGGUUCAUGUGGAUUCCGGUUAAUGUUUUUACAACUGUUUGACUGUCUCUUCUCAGCAAGGUUGUUUUUGACAGCAGCCCUGCAUGAAGCAGUGAUGAAGCUUAUGAUGGAGGAUGAAUGGUUUUACGAUAUUGACCCGGGGAAAGCAUUAGUCAGAUUCCCUGCUGCAGAAAGGCAGAAACGAUUUGGCGCUGAAGGGACUCCUCAAUAUGCUGAAAAAAUGCAAGAAUAUAGAAAAUUUAUUGUAGAUAAACUAGUUAUUUUAACAAAUAGAUUUGUGUCGGCAUUAAAAAAUAAUAUGCACUGUUUUCCGCCAGCUUUAGGAUGGCUGAUAUCGCAGGUCUAUCAUAUUCUGCUAAAAACUGGCAAACAUGAGAUUGAUAAAAUCCGUGUAAUUUGUGUAGACUUAGUAUUUACAUUAUUUGUGUGUCCAGCUAUCUGUGAUCCCGAGCCUUAUGGUAUAACAUCGGAUAUACAUAUCAGUCACAUUGCCCGCCAUAAUCUGAUGCAGAUUGCCCAAAUUAUACAAGUGCUUGCCGUAUCUCAGUGGGAAGAAGAUUCUAAGGAAAAAGACUUGUACGACAGAUUUGAAAAGGGUUGUGUAUCCUCGUUGUUAGACUCCAUCUUGGAGACUUGUGGAACAGAACUACCAAACUAUAACCAUGGUAACAGAUUACAGGUUUUGUCAAGAUCAUCAACAUUGAUCACAGUCACCCAACUAAACAAUCUGGUAACUUUUUUCCGUAACAUGGUACAAAAUGUUGAAGACGAUUCGCCAGAAAGGAAACAGAUUGAGGAAGCAAUUAAUGGAUUACCUCUCUCGUUAAGUAAUUCCUCACAAACCAAUCAAUCAGGUACCCCUGUUGGAACCCCUCCUGGUACACCGUCAGGCCAAAGGAAGGGAGAGAAAAAGAAAGAAAAGGAGGCUGUAAAAGCUAAAAAGAAUAAAGAUGAGAGCAGUCCGACACAAGUUGAAGAUGUUAUUGUCAUAUCACUUGGAAAUGAUGUAGAAUGUCCAGGCAUGCUCUCGGAACAAAAAGUAUUGUCAUGGGAACAAGAAAAUAAACGCAGGAAAGUGACGUACCAUGAAGGGAUAUCUAAUUAUGUUGCUAGUGCAGAACCUGGUGAAAAAAGAACGAGGUUUUCAUUGUCCCAAGACCAAGAAUCCAUAGGUAACACCAGUGACCUACAGGAGGCUAUAUCUGAGGGAGCAUCAAGUCACUCCGUAGGGUCUGUAGACUUAGAAAAUGAUGACGACCCAGAUGACAACUUCUCUGAUAUGAUCUCAGCAAAUGUCAGUGGGCGUGGCACACCUAAUAUCAGUGGAAGAGACACGCCCCCUUCUCCAGCUGGCAGUGUUGAGGCACCUGUCCAUCAAUUACAGCAAGAAGCUAUACAACCAAUCCGGUUACCUGUAACUGUACCAAAGACUAACAGGGAAGAUGUAACUGAGAGAUUUGGAAAAUUUGAAAUUAAAAGAGACUUUCCUGUGGAUGAGACUAAGUCUACAGUUAGUGAUACCUGGAGUACAGAUGUACUAGCUAGUGACUCGGAACCUCCAGAACAAAACCAGUAUGAUAGACUAGAGGAGAUAGGAGAAGAAAUUGUUAGACAGAGUUUACUAGCCAGAAAUGAGCCAUUAUCAGAACUGUCAGAAACAGCAAGUGAUGCUUGGAGUACAGAUGUACUGGCCAGUGAUAACGAAGAGAAACAAGCAGAAGAGUUGUCAGAAUUUGAUCAGGAUGACAUUGGCAGUGUGAUGACCGAUGUUUCUUCCGUCUCUGGUGACCAUGGUAAUAUAGAAAUACAAGAAGAUACUCCUCUUGCCUCAGGUCAGGAAACCCCAGAAAACCAGUUGGAAAAGUUUGAUACAGCUGCCAAUGGUGCUGCUUCAGUUCUAAGUAAACCAAACAAAAAUAGUAAUGAGGCCAACUUACCAUCAGCCGAAGCCAGUGUUUCGUUUGCUGAUUUCCCAAAUUAUUUCCAUGAUAAUGAUAGCUACCGACAUGGACCCAGUGACAGCAAGAUGGGAAAUACUGGAAGUUUCACAAGUAGAUUUUUGAAAAAGAAGAGACCAAAAACAGUACAGAUGAAUGUAGAUAAUGUGUUUGAUGGAGAUGAUAAAACCAAUGACAGUGGCAAUUCCAACAAAUUAAGUCUUCCAUCGACAUCAAAACAUACCAGAUUCCAACAAAAACUAAAAAAUUCUCCAGGAAAUUUAUCAUUUGCCGUCCCUGAAACCAGUGUUAGGAAUGUACAAUCAGAAAAUUUUGGGUCAUCAAAUGGCGACUUAGUCAAAACCUCCAUAGGCCAAGGUGCUCGUCCAAAAGUUCAACAAAGAGCCACAUAUCCGUUGUUUGACAAUCCAAGUGCUUCUGGUGAGGUUUUACCAGUAGAGAGACGAGGAAAAAUAUCCAAUUUAGAAGCUAAUUCUGUUGAUUCAGGAAUUGGUACGCCUCGGUCAGACUCUGGUAUUGAUGGUAAUUCUAGGUCAGAGGUUGCAUCUUUAAGUGAACAAACAGGCAAUUUAAAGAUUAGUGAACAACAAAACACAAAGUUUGAUGCCAAUAGGCUUUCGUUAGCUCUCAGCAUGUUUGAUCCAGUAUCCAAUGAGAAUGCAGAGGAAGAUCAGACGCUGAUUAGCCUUGACGCUACGGAAACCAACAACACUGACAUUAUGCGAUCAGUACUGGACAAGAGGAGUAGUUCUAACAAAGACAAAAGAGAAACAGUUAUCAUUGAUGAUACAAUGUUCCCUAUUCCAAGUAAGAGUGCUAACUCUGUGGACCUUCUAGCAGCCAAUGAUUUCAAUGAUGAUAGUAGUAGUGCUGGGUCAGGGAACUCUGGAGAUGAUGUACCAUUCGCUAAGUCAUCACGAUCGGCAAGCUUUGAUAACAUUUCACAGAAAUCAGAAGAAAAGGGCACAUCUGAUGCUGCUGACCCUGAAGAUGCUGGUAGAACUCCAACCAAAAGUAGAAGUUUGUUUAAAUCUUUCAAAGAGAAAGUAACUAGAAGUGGAAAGAAGAACAAAGACAACAAAGAUAAGAUUGUUAGAAAUGAAUCAUUUGAUUCCAUAGCCAGUAGUAGUUUACCUUCCAAUGACACUCCUCAGAAACCUGAAAGUUCAAAAGAAGAAACAUCCGAUGACAUAUUAGAAAAGUAUAGACCAAAGCCAGCCAGUAACAUUUCAGCCGAAGCUAGCCAAGUGGAGGUACCACCACAACAACAAACAAAACGGCCAUCAAUAAAAGAAGAAACAAGUAGUCAACCGUACUAUGAUCCAAAUAACUUAGAAAACUGUGUUCUAUUUUUAGACGCUAAACGAAAAUUACGGUUGGUGUUGAGUAACUGUGAUUGUGAUAUAGGACAAAACGUUUUAGAUUUUGGUUUUUCGUACGUACCUUCUAGUCCAAAAGAAGUUGAUACUCAUAGAGACAAUAAUGAGCUAUUAUUAUUAUUACGGAGUCAGUUAGCAGAGGCUAUUAACUUACAGAACAAGGAAGCAAUAGCCCAGCUACAUGAAGCCAUUAGAUGUAUUAAAUUGUUUGAUUCUAAAGGAUGUAAGAAGUUGGUAAAUGCUUUGAAAGAUGAAUACCAGACACGAACAGCCUAUAUAUCUUAUUUGAUAAGAUGUCAGCAAGGCCUCUUGGCUACUCAGUCUUAUGUACAACGCUUGUUAAGUCGUGUACAAAGAGACAAAACUGUGUGCAAUAAACAUCUAGUGAAUGUAUGUGUAAGACUGUUUAUUGAAACAAAGGAAGGUUAUGUUGUUAAUUUUAUACAAGAUUUCCAGAAAUUAACAGUCUCAGAUGAAAAGACAGAUUUGGUAGAAAGAUUCUUACAAUUUCUGUAUCAACAAAUGACCAAUAAUCCUAUAUGGCAAGCAUCUACAGAAAACCAAAUGGAUGAUGCCAGGUUAUCUAUAGAAAGAUAUAUAAUGAGUAGGAUAUACACACAUGCUAUGUUCCCUAAUGGUGACGGAGAUAUAUUGAGAGAUCAAAUUCUUCACCAGCACAUAAAGAAGUUAGCCCAAAUUAUAACUCCAAACCACAAACAUUUACAGAUUCCUAAAAUGUAUCAGUUUGAAUGUCCAUGGACAGCAGCACAAAGAGAAAUCUAUAUGAUAAAUGCUUACAAGACGCCAAAAGACAAGCUGAAAUGUGUCCAUAGAUGUUCCACAACUAUAAUGAACUUAUUGAGUAUGGCAAAUGAUAAAAGUGUUCCAGCAGCUGACGAAUUCAUGCCCGUCUUAAUCUAUGUCAUAAUUAAAGCUAAUCCACCAUGCCUCUUAUCCACGGUUCAAUACGUAAACAGUUUCUAUGGUAACAGAUUACAAGGAGAGGAACAGUACUGGUGGAUGCAGUUUUCGUCUGUCGUGGAAUACAUCAAAACCAUGGAUUAUUCCGAUUAACCAAAUGUUUAUAUUUUUAUUAAUAAAUGUAUUAUUUAUUUAUUCAUUGUGAGCAUGUGUCAGAUUUUUGUUUUGCUAUAGAAUUUUAUUUUAUUGGUUAAAAUGGGUGUUAUAAAAGAGGGCAUGUAAAAAGUUCUCAUUUUUUAUGUUUGACUGUUGCUUAAUUGUAGAAGAAAUGUUAUUAUUUUGUUUUUUACAUGUUUAAUUAUUUAUUUUUCAACAAGGAUUUGGUUUUUUCAUCCCAUAUUUCAUAUCAGCAGAUUUCUGACAUUGAGUUUUCAUACUAUAAUGGCUUGUACAAAUAUCAAGAUUUGAUAAUUUUUUAAUAUCAAAUAGUUAUUAUGAUAUUCUGCAUUCUUAAAAUCUUUGGGAAAAAUGAAACCUCACAUAAUUUAUAAGAUGGAGUGCCUCCCAUCCCCUUAAAAAAACAUUAAGAUUUUUGGCAAAAUUAGAUAUGAGCUCAGGCUUUACCUAAAAAUGUAUUUUACCCACAUUCGCCUUCUUUUAAAAGACAUCUUGUAGAAAAAAAUCUUUUCACCACCUUUUAAAUGACAUCUUGUUUGGCUACAAAGACCUUUGCUGAUAUCUAAAUAUUAAUUUAAAAAAAGAUCUCAAAAUGAGGUAUUCAUCUGCACCAUUGAUUCAACAAGCUCCUAUUUUCACACUUCAUGAGGUAAAAAUAAAUGACAAAUUUUUGCAAGGAUGAGCAGCAUGAAAAAAUUGUUUCAAGAUAUAUCAAGUUUGUUUUUUGUCAGAUUGUUAGAAUCAAUAUCAAUAUCUAUGUUUAUUAUAAAUUUAUUUUUUAGUUUUAUUGCAUGGGGUAACUGUAGGUUAUAAUUACCAAGACUACAAAUAACAAAUAAAACAAUCUUGAGCCAUUGUUGGUCUUCGGCUGUUGUCUGCUCUAUUGUUGGGUUGUUGUUGCUUUGACACAUUCCCCAUUUUCUUUCUCAAUUUUAUUGAAAAAACUUAUCUUUACUGUUUUAGUUGCAGCUAGGGUUUUGCAUAUGUGUUUUGUUAGUUUUAUAUAUUGAAUUCACUUGAUAUACACUGAUACAGUCACUUUGUCAUGGAAUAACAUGUCUUUUAUAACAUUGGUUUUAAACUGAAGAAAUAUUCUGGGAAUAGUAUUCCCACUGAAGAAAUAUUGCAAUAUUUGUUCUUUAUGGAACAAACGUUAUAGAAUUUUCAUUCCAACAUGCAGGAAUAGCUAUUAUAUUAUUGUUUAUAACAAAAUAUCCAGAGGGAUCUGUUAUUAGGAACUAACAUAAGUUGACAGCUACACACAAAUAUAUCAUAA